GGACUUUUAUUUGAGACGACGAUCUUCCGUCACACCACAGAAGGGAUCAUCAUUUCUAUAUUAAGAACUGGGGCUUGUCCGACCAGGUCCCGGAACUUCCUGUCGCCUAUUGGAUAGAAUCCACAAAGUCCGGGUCCCCCGCGUCUGCCACGAGACAUCUAGAUAACGCCCAUGAUAUAUACAAAGCCCGUAAUUGGCGUACCCAUCACUCUAAAAUUCAGCCGCGCCCACCCCACCAUCCUCCUCCUAGCCAAUCACUACCCCCUCAAUGCCCGGUGCGACAAUCCUUCGGGAUUGUCGAGAUGUUCGAGUUACUCCGUUCCGUGUCGUUUGAUCCUAGAUACUUCCGAAUAGUCCGUGCUGUUGUCUGCGCACCAGUGGCGUCUUUAAUAACGGUCUAGACCCCCUUUGUUGUGAAUUUCGUAUUUUUGCUAGUUGACAAUGAAAAACACCCCCUCUCCUUUUCUUAACCUCCGGUAUAUUGGAAUAUGUCCAGCCUGGAGGGCUACGAGGGACGAUUGUGCUGCGCGAUCUGCGGCGAUGCUAUCUUGUCGCUAACGUCCAAACUUGACGAGGAGACAAGGUGGCAGGCGGAUGCUGUACUUAUUAGUGAUCCGACAAGGGGGUUUGAACAAUUGGAGGAGCAUUACCGAGGUGGGAAGAGACAGGACGCGCCACAACUAAAUCUCCGAACCGCCCAAGACAUACGAAAAGACCGAGCUCGUCUCACUGAAGGGGACUGUCUCCGAAUCGUCGAUGCUGAAGACAAUCUCGAUCCAGGGGAUGAAGUGCGAGCUAAUUAUUCAUACGGCCGCGAGGAAAAUGGUGAAUGGGCUUCGACGCCGUACUCUAUCGCAACGCAUGCAGCCUGCCUUGAGGUAGCUGAAAGUGCGAUGCGUCGCUCGCCUCACGAUAUCGUCGUGCGGGAUCUGCGCACGCUAUGGAAGGUCCUGCGCAUGCGGUUUGAAGUCGAUGAUAGCUAUUAUAUGAGCACGGUGUCAGGCACCGUAUCACGACCUCAGCGAAUUCGGUUACCCCAUAGUUACUACAUCGCGUUUCGACCCUCGGAUAUGAUAGCCGGGUAUUCCCCCAAUGAUGCUGCCGAUUUAAGUUCUGGACCGGGGAGUAAGAUUAGUAGAUGGGAAGCCGCCUACCCCCUGCACGUACCCAACGCAACCUCCGCAAUUCUCGAGAAUCUGAAUACCUUACCUCCAGCGUCAACAGCAAUCCCAGAAGCCGUGUCAUUCCAGAAGAAAUUCCUUGGAUUGCCGCGGGAGCUACAAGACCACAUAUGCUCGUUCCUGGUGUCGCGGAAUGGCAUGCCAAAUGUGUGUAACGGGUUACUACCCCAAUGGGUAUGGCGCGAAGUACUGCUCGGUGGGAAGUGUCUCCCAUUCAUGCAGGAUAUCGAUGUGACUAUUGUCGACGAAUUUUGUGCCCAGUGGGGCAGGAAUCGCAAGGACCAAGAGCCUAAUUGGGAGUUGCUCGUGCGCAAGCUCAGUCAGGAGGCCUGGGGUAUCUGGGAUGCGGAGAAUAGCAUACUGAAGGUACCCAAUGGUCUGCGAAAUCGUAGGCGGAUAUGGAAGCUGGUUGAGGAGAUGUAUGUCGGUGAUUUGGUACCUGUGAAGCGAGUGACUGGGAUGAAUAGCGAUGCUGUGGCGGUGCCAAGAUAUUGGGAUGAAAGGGGCGAGUUGGUGCAUCCUGUUGCGCGAGUCAGCGUGGGUUCAAGAGGAAAAUAAAUGCAAUCGGCGACUUCUGGUUACAUUUUUGUCAGACUAUGGGUGUGGAGGAAAUAAUUUCUAAUAUCAUCUGGUGUUGGGUGGUUGUCAAUGGAAAUACCUCGUUUCGUGUUCGCAUUUAUCGUUUCUCAAUCAAUUCUACCAUCAUCGGGCGGUCGUCUGUGCGGGAAUACCUAAUGCGAACAUCCAAUUGACAAGCAACGUCUAACCGUCUUCGCCGUUGCCAUAAUUCCUGAGAUGAAGUCAGAUCCUGACGAGACAAGCCGAACACUGAAGCUAUUCACAGUAAAUAGAAAGCGGGGCUAGGUACGUACCAUAAGAAUACAAUUCGACGUUAACAUUGAUCAGAUCCAUAGAUUUUAGUUGUCGAUAGGGAGUCAAAAGUAGUGUCAUACGAUUCUUAAUAAUUAAAAUUAGCAUAAAACCCUUCUAAGUCACUUCAGCCAGCGGCAAACUUACUCCAGCU